CACCAACAUCUGCGGCGAUCGCUGAUCUCCCCAUUCUCUCUCCUCAUCUCCCCUUUCUCUCUCCUCUCGUCCCCCGUCGCCGCCAUGGGAGGCCCCAACAAACCCUCGUCCUCCAAGUCCAAAUCCGAGGGCAAGCCUAAGCCCGUCGUCGCCAAGGACGAGGCCUACUUGAAUGCCGUCACUGAGAAGCGAGUCAAGCUCUUUGAAUCGAUUCAGGCUCAGCAGAUUGCGCAUCGCGAGAGUAUUGGCGGCGAACUCAUUAAGAUUACGCUGCCGGAUGGAGCGGUUAAGGAGGGGAAGAGAUGGUUGACUUCGCCACUAGAUGUGGCCAAGGAGAUCUCCCUUGGAUUGGCCUCAAAUUGUUUGAUUGCAGAAGUCAAUGGAGUUCUUUGGGACAUGGCGAGGCCGCUGGAAGAAGAUUGUACACUGAAGCUCUUCAAGUUUGAUAGUGACGAAGGGCGUGAUACCUUUUGGCAUUCUAGUGCCCACAUCCUUGGGGAGGCCCUGGAGAGGGAGUAUGGAUGCAAGCUGUGUAUCGGGCCGUGCACAACAAGAGGGGAGGGCUUUUAUUAUGAUGCUUACUAUGAGGACCUGACACUAAAUGAGGAGCAUUUCAGCCAGAUUAAGUCUCAGGCGAAUAAAGCUGUUGCGGAAAAACAGCCGUUUGAGCGAAUUGAGGUAUCUAGAGCACAAGCUCUUGAAAUCUUUGCAGAAAAUAAAUUUAAGGUCGAAAUCAUUAACGAGUUACCUGAAGACAAGACAAUCACUGUUUACAGAUGUGGCCCUUUAGUUGACCUUUGCCGUGGUCCACACAUCCCGAAUACAUCUUUUGUGAAAGCAUUUGCUUGUUUGAAGGCGUCAUCAUCCUAUUGGAGGGGGAAAUCUGACCGGGAGAGCCUUCAGAGAGUUUAUGGAAUUUCUUAUCCAGAUGCUAAACGUCUGAAGGAAUACCUGACCAUGUUGGAGGAAGCAAAGAAAUAUGACCACAGAAUUCUGGGCCAGAAUCAAGAACUUUUCUUUUUUCAUCCUCUCAGUCCUGGAAGUUGUUUCUUUCUACCAUAUGGAACUAGAGUCUACAACAAGUUAAUGGAUUUCCUUCGAGCACAAUACAGAGAAAGAGGCUACCAAGAGGUCCUAACACCAAAUAUCUAUAACAUGCAAUUAUGGGAGACGUCAGGGCAUGCUGCUAAUUACAAAGAAAACAUGUUUGUUUUCGAGAUAGAAAAACAGGAGUUUGGACUGAAGCCGAUGAAUUGCCCUGGGCACUGCCUGAUGUUUGAGCACAGAGUACGGUCUUAUAGAGAGUUGCCACUUCGCUUGGCAGAUUUUGGAGUUCUGCAUAGGAAUGAGCUUAGUGGUGCUCUCUCUGGUUUGACACGUGUUAGAAGAUUUCAGCAGGAUGAUGCACAUAUAUUUUGCAUGGAGAGCCAGAUUAAAGAUGAGGUCAAAAGUGUCUUGGAUUUCAUUAGCUAUGCCUACAAGAUAUUUGGCUUCACAUUUGACCUGGAGUUGUCAACGCGGCCAGAGAAAUAUUUGGGAGAUAUAGAAACAUGGGACAAAGCUGAAGAUGCUCUAAAGGAGGCUCUAAAUGAAUUCGGAAAACCAUGGCAGAUAAAUGAGGGGGAUGGUGCAUUUUAUGGACCAAAGAUUGAUAUUGGUGUUUUUGAUGCUUUGAAGAGAAAAUUUCAAUGUGCAACCUUACAGUUGGACUUUCAGCUUCCGGAUCGUUUUCAGUUAUCUUAUGCAGCAGAUGAUCAAGGAAAAACUGGGCGCCCUGUUAUGAUUCAUAGAGCUAUCUUAGGAUCUGUUGAGCGCAUGCUUGCAAUUCUUCUGGAGCACUAUAAAGGGAAGUGGCCAUUCUGGCUGAGCCCUCGACAAGCCAUUGUUUUUCCAGUUUCUAAGAAGAAUAAUGAUUAUGCAUUACAGGUACGUGAUCAAAUACAUCAGGCCGGGUACUUUGUGGAUGUCGAUGUAACAGGCAAAACAAUAGAGAAAAAGGUGCGAGAUUAUCAGAUGGCUCAAUACAAUUAUAUAUUAGUUGUUGGUGAAAAGGAAGCAACAAGUGGACAGGUGAGUGUUCGGGUGAGAGACAAUGACAAACUCACAGUGAUGUCCAUGGAGGAUCUACUCGGACUUUUCAAGAGCGAAACUGAAGCCUACCAUUAAAAACACGUGAAUUGAAGCACGUGAAUUGUGAUAAUUAUCGGAAUUGUGAUAAUUAUCGCCCGAUACCUGAUUUUUGCCUGUGGGAAAUUUCACGUAACAAAUUGUACCUAAAUCAUAUCAAUUUGUGUAUUUUAGUCCCCUAGCUAAGUUUUUGUGAAUUAGAGCAGACUGGCUACUUAUUUCUUAUCUAAGACUAAUUUUUGUCAAAACUCUCAUAUAUGACAACUUUUGUCAUGAAGAGGCGUUGAGCAGCUGGGCUUUGUUAUCUGAUACUUGUAUUUUUUUCUUGGGAUUAGGAAUAUGAUAAUUAAGGUAGCAUGACACAGUGAAAA